GGAACAUUACACCAGCAUGUCACAAACAAAAAUUUAAAUAUUAUGAUCCAACGAAAACAUUUUCUAUAACAGUACAUUCAACUCCUUUAGGAAGUAGCUACAAAAAAAGCAUAACUGUUAAAUACUUAUGUACAUAUGUAUGUGUUACUAUAUGAUUGUCAUAUAAUAAUUGACUCGAGUUUUUGUAUUUAUUUUUUUUUUCAAUAAACAAAAUUUAUUUCGCUUUUUGUCCAUCGAACUGCAACAAAAUUUUACGCUUAUGACUUUGGCAAAACGGAAAUAAUAUUAUCAAGAAGUUUGUGCAAAGAAACAAAAAACACAGAAAAAGUCAAAUAACUAAAAAAUAAUAUAUUUAAUAAACAAGCGAUUGCAACAAAAAGGCAGCAUUUUGGCCGGCUGUAAAUGGAUGUACAAGUGCAAAUAAGUGAAAGCGGUUCACAGUGCAGCAGGUGCUGCUGUUGGUACUGUUGGCGGCGAAACGGUGACGAGCCAGUAAACAGUUUUUUCAAAUCACAAUGGCAGAAGAGUGAGUGGUCCAUACUAUUCUUGAUAUACCGCUGGUGCUUUGCCACCUGGUUGGCGGUCACUAUGGGUUUGAGCUUGGAGCUGUUUUUCUUCGAUGGCAAAUGGUUUAUUUACUUCACCAAUUGGGGUUACUCGCUCUGUACAUUUGUCGCGCUACUCAGCGCCAUACUAGUUACGGUCUACUGUUUCACUGCGCCAAAAACACCUUGCCCACGCUGGAUCGUGAAAUUAUACUGGCAUCUGCAUAUAUCCGCAUUUGUAUGUGCUAUCGGUCUAUCAUUUCUUUAUUGGGCUUUUAUAUAUCCAUUUUCGAAUUUUAAAGUCCCCGAAGGCAUACAUCGCAUCGAAAUCAUACGGUUGUAUCGGUACUUCUUCGAUGGACCCGAUAAUCACAGUUGUCUUGCCUACUUCCACAACAUCAAUUCGCAUGCAAUCAACUCGGUUUUAAUGAUUAUCGACCAAGUUGUGGUGGCAUUUCCCACCCGUAUAAUACACUUUGUCUAUCCAGCGCUCAUUGUCAUCGCAUAUUUAGUAUUUUCGAUAGUAUAUUUUCUGAUAGGCGGCGAAAAUGUCAUAGGUAAACCAUAUAUAUACAGAAUACUUAAUUGGGGCGAAUAUCCCGUGUCUUCCGCAUUAGUCGCUUGUAGCGGUUUGCUACUUGUGGUGCCAAUGUGUGUUUUGGCAUUUCUUAUUUACAAAUUACGUGUGUGGGUGAGUUCCAGCAAAUAUCUAUCGUAAAACUUAAUAUUGGAAACCAAGAAAAAAAAUUAAAUUAAAUUAAGUAAUAUGAAUGCUCUUUACAUGAAAAA